UCAUUAUCAUUUCUGCGACAGAACUCCGCGUACACCAGAUUCUUCAGCGGGCGUCCGCUGUUACAUCCCUGCUGCGCGUUUCUGGCCGCCUUCAUCAUUCAUUUGCUGGCCGAUUGACUCGACACACUGCGCAUGUGCUAACACUCUAUCGAAGACCUGCCCGUCGCGCCCAGCCCAGCCAUCCCGAAAGGCGGCACCGACAACCGGGCCAACACCGCAGCCGCCGCCGCCGCCGCCGCCAGCAGCAGCAGCGACAGCAACAGCAACAGAGUCGGCGACAGCAACAGCAGGCUGAUCCGGCCUGUGAGCGCGUCCAACAUCAUCAUCGUCACUUCAGGUUCAGAUCUCGGAACGACGCCCCCUCUCACCGAUCAAGCGCACUCCGGAAGUGGCCUUUUGCGAUCCCAGACAGUACGAAGAGCUGGCGACGGCGGGACUCCUAGCCACAGCGCCAGUACGAGCUCUCAUCUUGCCUACUGCUCACCCUACCGCGCAGACGUUUCUUUGUCAUCCGAGGUUGACCCGGCAGGCUUCCAUCUCCAUCCUUGGCCGCACCAAGAGCCCGAGUACUGCCAUACUUCGCCCGCCAACCUACCCAGCAGCGCUUCGCCGUCGCUGUCCAUGAACACGCACGCAGGAGGUGCGCCGGGCAAGACUUCCUCCGACUCCGGCACCAACGCCGUCGCCCUGGAUCGCUGGUCGCAGCGUCGACUGCAGCGGUUGAACACCGAGCAGGGCUUUCGCGAGCAACGGCAGGGUGGACCGACAGUGCUCAGUCCUCCUGCCACCGCUGCCCCCGUCGAGCAGCAAAGCUACAUCCAGUCUAGCGGUGGUCCUUCACAGCACACCAACGUGAACGCUCAGCCUCAGCAACCCUUGCACCAUCAGCCGCACCCUCAGCAGCAGCAAGCUGCUUACCAGAACUCUCGCACCGCUCCAGGCCUUGUCAUACAAACACAGACCUCCACAAUCCCUCCACUCAGGUCACCUGCCUUUCAGAGCCAAGCGCAAGCGCACCAGCAGCUGCAGCAGCAGCAGCAACAACAGCAAGAAUACACGCCGCCGGAAAGCCACUCUCACUACGUUGCUGACAACGCCGAUCGCCCUGCCCUGAAUUCAGCGCGAAGCUUCUCGGCGCAGACCGACGACUCGUCUUCCAUGUCGAACAAUGGUGCUAUGGCACAGCCAAAGGCUGUGCGUAAUGGCAACAAUAGGCAGAGCGUGCACAACGACCUAAGGUCACGCGAAGGAUCACACUCUACCCAGGGAAGUCAAAUGCCUGCAUUCAGUGCGGCAGUGGUCCCUCCUAGUAGCCAAGGGCAACCUUACAAGGGCAAUGGUGGACAAACGCAGCAACAACCGCCGCAAGCGCAUCAGCAGCAGCAGCAGCACGGCGAGGUCGGCCGAGCCACUCCCCAGCCACUGUCGGUGCCGGACGAGAUGAACGACGAUGAGGUGUCACAGUUGCUGAAGGACCAUAAGGAGCUUCGGGAGAAGUAUACAAAGGUCAAGAAGUACUACUUCGAGAAAGAGGAUCAAGUCAAGCAACUGCAGAACAGCCUGGCACAUCAACGUUUAGCACAAUCACGAACAUCGCUCGACGAUAGCGAGUAUACGACACGUUUCAAUCGACUCGACGGCUUGGUGGCACAGCUGGCGUUCAGCAUACGCAAGAAUUGGAAGAGCAUACCGCAUUGGCUGGUGGGAUCGGUCAACAGAGAUGCAGUGGUGACAGGAAAACAGGAAAUGACCGCCGCUGGCAGAGCAUUCAUCUCGAACUGGCUGGUCGAUGAGGUGUUCCACAAGUACUUCCACCCAGACCUUGAGCCGGCUCUCUCCGCUCAACUCAGGAAUAUCCAGACCAACAUACGUCGGCACGCGCCGCUGGCCCAGAGUGCAGAAGAGGAGGAAUAUCUGACGUCCAAGGUUGUCAACUGGAGACUGGCAACUCUGGACGGACUUGCAGAGACCCUCCGUUCACCCCAGUGCCCGGAGAAUCGGCAACGUCUGACCGACUCCCUCAAGGACGGUCUGGUCUCUUCACUGUCGAUGCAUCUACAAGACCCACCACCAUCUGACCUCGAAGGUGGGGUGCACAUGAUUAUUGAGCUCGUGGUGAGCAUCGCCAUACAUCUCCCGCUUGAAAGUCGAGACGUUGCGAUUGAAUACUUCCAGCCCGGCCACGGAAUCAUGGGCGACCAGAUGAAGACAGAGUCCGGCAUUCCACCUCUUGUAACAUCCGUGGCAGACGAUCAGACGGAGCGCGCGAGCAUGAAGAGCGCCGCGAGCGAUGUCACAGACAUGACCGAUAGCAAUGCUGACCAGGGGUCUGGGCGAGGAGGAAAGCGAAGUAUGCUGAGCGCCAUCACAGGCAAGCCCAAGCCGAGCAAACAUGCUGGCGUAUCAUCUGGCAGCCUAGGUCGGCCAGAGAGUGCUCAAGGUAUGAAGGAAGAUCAACCACCACGGGUGCGCAUGGCAGCUGGCAUUGGCGUUUCUGUCCGAGGGCGGUCUAUACUCGUAAAGGCGCCCGUCUUCACGACGUGAGAAGCUCUGUAGCAUUCCGGCAUUAGUCAACCGCAGACAGCACAACAACUGUGGGAUAGCAUCACGGCUUCUUGGCUAUACCGCAGGACAAUCUCGCAUGCGAGAGAUGUUACGAUUCGCAUCAGCAGCGACAUCUGCCUCGAAGUAUUCGGUUCUUGACACGAGAAUCACGUUCAAGCUUGAAUAGAGCACCAGAUACCCUUUGCUUUGUUUCGCGGCAUAUUGAUAGUUGGUGCAUGGGAUGGGAUCCAGAUGAGAAGCGAAACGGCACUGACGGGAUAUCUCCACUUAUCCAAAGAGUGGAGAACUUGAUGCGAAUUGAAAAGGGAUCAAUGGUGUCCUUGCAAUGAUGGUCAAGCUAGGUAGUGACUCUUCCCUCUUUCUACUGAGGCACAGUCUGGAACGUAAGCGAUCGGUGCGGUUCUUGCGCCCCUCGGUUUACUGCGCGGGACGACCGUUGCGGCAUUAAGACGCUGCGCUGGGCAGAAAAGGGCAGCUCCUCAACGAUGAAAACAUAGCUGUGAGAAGGAAGAGCUUGAUUCGAUCGCUUUGCACAGCUUUCCCUUGAUCCUUGCGUGGGGGGCCACACGGCUACACCAUAUUGUGUGCACCCUCUUUGUCUGCUGCUGACGAGGAUCUGCGUCUUGCCCCCCAGCUGGUCACGUCUGACCCCGUUCGUUCUGUCGGGAAAAAAGCAGACGAGAAGAAUCUUUUUCGAGGCGAAUCUACAAUUUCAUCGAUACCUCCUCCUAAUGGCCUCGGUAGUACCUGUACCUGUAGUGACAGCAGCUGAAGACGGAAUUCGAGAAUUUCUCGCCACGACGUGCGGAGCGCCCUCUGCAGACGCCCACAUCUCCGCCGCGGACUUGAUCUCCUCUUGUCGUGAUGAUUAUGGUCGAGGAGGUCACAACACAGUAUUAUUUUUGCCGGUCGCGACGCAAGGCGGCUGUUCGUAUACCGUUGUUGUUGUCGUCGUCGUCAGCAGCAGCAGCAGCAGGAGCAGCAGCACGGAUCCUGGCGCAUCCCGACUCGUGCUUCAGCUGAGAAGCCUUCGAUAUGCUGUUGUGGGUGCCAUUUUACGAGACGCGGCACGAAUUUUUCCUCGGUGGGCGCCGAAGUUGAUCAGAGAUGAGAUUUUGGCGCUGGGUGGUGGUUAUUUGGGUGAUGGGGGGAUGAUGAUACAAGUUUUGGAAAUGUCUUUUGUGGGUGGGAUGAAGUUUGAUGAUGUUGUUGGUAUGGUACAUGAGAAGAUGUCUUCUUCUACUUCUUCUACUUCUUUUCCUUCUAGGCUGGGUGAAGUGGUGCUCUCCAAGUUGGAAAAUCUGCUUGGCGAUAUGGCCAGCUUCUUUGCGACUGCCUAUUACGAGGGGAUCAAACACGAGAAGAAGGAGGAGGAGGAGGAGGAGAAGGAUGAGAGCGACGAAGAGAACAGAAGAUCAUGGCAAAAGCAUAAAUGUACUGGCAUAAUCGGAUCUUCCAUCCCCCAACGACUGCAAUCCUUGGAACAACAUCUCCCUUCCCCAGAACUCCGCCACAUCGCACACAUUUCCCGUCAAUCGUAUGCGCAAGGCACAUUGGACAUGUUACCAAUCGUGCUCAACCACGGAGAUUUGUUGCCGUGCAAUCUUCUCGUGGAUCCCUCCACAUGGCAUCUCACGGGUGUGGUGGAUUGGGCUGAAGCGGAAUAUUUGCCGUUUGGAAUGACUCUCUAUGGGAUUGAGCAUCUGUUGGGUGGAUACAUGUAUCGGGAUAUGACAGAAAUGUCUCCCGGGGGAGAGGGCGGGGGCGGGAAGGAUAGUGCUAGUUUUGUGUUUUAUCAGGAAGCGAAUAUGUUGCGUGAGAUGUUCUGGAAUCAGUUACUUGGUCGGGUUCAUGUGUUUCGCAGAAGCGACAUGUGGCACGCCAUGUGCUUGUCACGUACGAUUGGGAUUCUCUUGUGGCAUGGAAUUGCGUGGGAUGGUGGGAAGAGGGACCGUGUCGUGGAUUAUCAGCGUGAUGGGGAGGAAGUGUCGUGUCUGGAGCAAAUGCUGGGAGUUACUUCUUCUUCUUCUUCGUCACAGUCGAGUAGUGGGCAGGCAGUCUGCGCUGUACAAGACGCAUUUU